GGACUAAAAUUUUUGGAGCUCUCGUCACCAUGUCCAUGAUGGAAAAAUCCCCCAGCCACGACGACGGCGUCGCCUCGCCCAGCCCUAGUUCCGACCCAACCAUCACUCCGGCCACCCCCGACCCCCAAUAUCCCAGUCCCUUGCGACUGGCCAUUAUCGUCUUUGCCCUCUUCCUGGCCAUCUUCCUCACCGCCCUCGAUCAGACCAUCAUCGGAACCGCCAUUCCCAAAAUUACCGACCAGUUUCAUAGUGUCGACGAUGUCGGGUGGUAUGGCAGUGCCUACUUUCUGACGAGUACCGCCCUGCAGCCGGCGUAUGGUCGCAUGUACAUGCUGUUUGAUGUGAAAUGGUCCUUUCUGGUGGCCAUUUUCAUCUUUGAAUUGGGUUCCUUGAUCUGUGCCGUGGCGCCGAACAGCGCGACCCUCAUCGGAGGUAGGGCUGUGGCGGGCACGGGCGUGGGUGGGAUUUUCUCGGGGGCGCUGGUGAUUCUAUCGCUGACUGUUCCGCUGAAAAAGCGCCCGACCGUCUUUGGCCUGUUUGGCCUGGUCUGGGGUCUGGCCUCGGUGGUCGGUCCCUUGCUGGGCGGUGCGUUUACGGAUGGCCCCAGUUGGCGCUGGUGUUUCUACAUCAAUCUCCCCAUCGGUGCGGUGUCCGUCGCGGUGAUCAUCGUCAUCCUGCAUCUGCCCAAGACGGCCCCGACCGGACAAUCCUUCCUGCAGCGCCUCGUCAACCUCGAUUUGCUCGGGGUGGGCUUCCUGCUCCCCACCGUGGUCUGUCUCCUGCUGGCGCUACAAUGGGGGGGGACGACCUACGCCUGGAACAACUCACGGAUCAUCGGCCUGUUUAUCGGCUUCGGGCUGAUCCUGAUCUGCUUCGUGGGCUCGCAGAUCUGGCUCGGCGACAAGGCCACGCUGCCCCCGCGGAUCAUGAAGAUGCGCACGACCAUCUCCCUCAGCUGCUUCUCGCUCGGCUUCGGCGGGGCCUACUACCUCCUGAUGUAUUACCUCCCCAUCUACUUCCAGAGCGUGCGGAACGUCUCGGCCGUGCACUCGGGCAUCGACAUCCUCCCCAUCCUGAUCGCGCAGUCCAUCUUCUCCGUGGCCAUCGGGGCCGGCGUCAGUGCCGUGGGCUACUACACGCCCUUCUUGAUCGGCAGCACCGCCAUCUUCUGCAUCGGGGCAGGUCUCCUCACCCUCUACACGACGGACAUCCCCACCGGCAAGUGGAUCGGCUAUCAGAUUCUGACGGGGGCCGGCGUGGGGGCGGGAUUCCAGAUCCCCAUGACGGCCAUCCAGACCAUCCUCGACCAGGCCGAUAUCCCGAUCGGAUCGGCGGCGGUGAUCUUCUUCCAGAGUCUGGGCGGAGCGGUUUUCAUCUCCGUGGGCGAGUCGGUGUUCGAGAACCGUCUGGCCAAGGAAAUUGCCAAGAAUGCUCCGCAGGUCUCGCCCAGUUUGAUCCUGGAUGCGGGGGCCACGGCGUUCCGGACGGCGUUGGCCGAGGCGGGGCAGCUGGAUGCGUUGGAUGCCGUGUUGGAUGCGUAUAUGGUUGGACUGCGGGAUGUGUUUCGGGUGACGUUGGCGUUGAUUCUCUUUGCGUUUGUGUCGUCGUUGCCGCUGGAGUGGAAGAGCGUGAAGCAUGUGGCGGAGGCCAAGGCGACGACUCCGACUUCGGAAGGAGAUGAAGCUGCGUAGGGUCAUAAACUAAUCCAUCCAUCUAUCUUCGCUAGCAUCGGGACUUUCCAGAAUAGGCUGGCUGUGCUGAGGCUGUGAUCAUGUCUACUUUCAUAUACUUGAGUCAAAGGAUCAAUCCAACCAACUACCAAAUGU